AUGGCAUUUUGGAUUGUGAGUAACAUCGUUCUUAAUACUCUGAUUGGACUCAGUUUUAGUAAAGACUGGACAAAAUAUGGUGAAACUGUUAUGUAUAAUUUGUCAUAUGUAACGGAAAUACCACAAAGGAAUAAACUUGUCACUAUACCUCAAAAGACAACCGACGGAUUGUACAAGAAAAUACAUCGCCAACCAAGCGUUUUAGACUGUUUAUCCCUUUAUGAGAUGGGCUAUGCCGAAGACGGUGUGUAUGUUAUUCAGCCGUCUGAAGGUGUGAAUAUUGACGUGUGGUGUGAUAUGUCAAAUGGUGGAUGGACAGUUAUACAGCGGCGCCAAGAUGGAUCUGUGGACUUCUAUAGAGGUUGGGAUGAAUACGUGGAUGGAUUUGGGAUCACAACAGGCGAGUUCUGGCUUGGUCUUAAAUACAUUAAUAUAUUAACAACAAUUAGUUGUGAACUUUAUAUAGAAAUGGAAACGUUUGAACAUGAUAAUGUUUCACCCGCAUCAGCUUUUGCUGAAUAUUCCACCUUUAAAGUCAAUGGCGAAAGUGACGAAUACAGGUUGUCAGUAUCGGGAUAUAAUGGAAACUGUGCGGAUUCCUUUAGCAAUCAUAACGGCUGGAAAUUUUCCACAUUCGACAAUGAUAAUGACGAAACAGGUAGUGGAAAUUGUGCCGUUGAUUACAAUGGAGCCUGGUGGUACAGAGCCUGUCAUGCUUGUAAUUUAAAUGGGUUAUAUUUGGGCGGUUCUAACACAGAAUAUGGUAAAGGUAUCACCUGGUCAGCGUGUUGGGGGCAAAAAUAUUCGCUUAAACGUAGCGUUAUGAAGAUACACCGGAAAACCGGAAAACGUAAGGUUUAA